UACUUAGAUUGUUUAGGGCCUCAGCCUCAUACAAAGCACAAGCUAAUUUAUUGUUGCCCCUCACUUUGUUGACAGUGAGAGCAUAUGCAUAGGCCUUGAUGCUGGGGCAUGCGUUCCACCGCCACCACCACCACCACCACCCUCUAAAACUCUCAAUCCCACCGAAGAUCAGCACCCAAGACGCAUCACCAUGGCUGCCCCCGGCGCCUCUCCUCUCCAAGUACCCAACCCUACAACACCUCCACUCCUGCACCACCAUGCACCACCUCCGCCAACUCCACGCCCACACCCUCGUCUCUGGCUCUAUACACGACAACUUCGUCGCCUCCCGCCUCCUCUCCUUUACUGCCCUCUCUCUCUCCGGCGACCUCCCUUACGCCCGCCUCCUCUUCCGCUCGCUUCCGUAUCCUGACACCUUCAUGGCCAACACCCUCAUCAGAUCAUACACCUCUGUUUACGGUGCACCACUACAAGCCCUCGAAUUCUAUGUUCUUGUCUUGAGCUCCGGCAUUAAUCCAGACAUCCAUACACUACCCCUCGUCCUUAGAGCCUGCUCGGAUGCAGGAGCCCUCUCACUCGGUUCCGCACUCCACGCAUAUGUGAUCAAGCGGGGGUGGACUAAUUACUCCAAUGUCACGAACUUUGUUGUUAAGAUGUACUCUGAGUGUGGCUCGAUCGAGCUCGCGCGGAGAGUGUUUGAUGAAAUGCUCCAACUAGACGACGCCUCAUGGAAUGUGAUGCUUGGGGGUUACGCAAAUAAUGGGAUGUUAGAGGAGGCACAGGGCUUCUUCGAGCAGAUGCCGGAGCAUGAUGUCAUCUCAUGGAGCGUGAUGAUCACGGGUCUUUGUCGCCAGAGUAAAUUUCGAGAAGCACUCAUGUUGUUUCGUGAUAUGUUAGAAAUGGGUAUUUCACCAAACGAGAGUGUUACAGUGAAUGUGCUCUCUGCGUGUGCGUACUUGGGGGCGCUGGACCAGGGGAAAUGGCUCCAUGCAUACGAUGAGAGAAAGCGUGCGAGCCUGACGGUGAAGACUGGCACCGCUCUGAUAGAUAUGUACGCAAAGUGCGGGUGUAUCGAUGAAGCUUUGAAAGUGUUUCAUGGAAUGAAGGAGAGGAAUGUCUUGGCUUGGAGCGCAAUGAUCGUGGGGUUAGCAGCAAAUGGCCGACCUGAUGAUGCGCUCGGGCUCUUCUCUCUAAUGGAAGACUCAUGUGUUAAGCCAAACGAUGUAACCUUCAUUGGGGUGCUUAGUGCUUGUAGCCAUGCGGGCUUGGUGAGCCAGGGGUGUGACUACUUCCGCUCGAUGAGAGAGGUUCAUGGGAUCGAACCCACUGUUCAUCACCAUUGUUGCAUGGUAGACCUAUACGGCCGAGUUGGUCUAUUAGAAGAAGCUCUCGAAUUGAUCCAAAGCAUGCCCAUCGAGCCCAAUUCUGCGAUUUGGGGGGCACUGCUAAGCGCCUGUAAACUUCAUGGAAAUUUGAAGUUAGGGGAGAUGGUGGGGAAGAAGCUCAUUGAUUUGGAGCCGAAUCAUGGAGGUCGGUACGUCCUCCUAUCGAACAUAUAUGCAGCUGCUGAGAGGUGGGAGGAGGUCGCGGAGAUGAGGAGGCUGAUGAGAGAGAGGGGCGUGAGAAAAACUCCAGGGUGUAGUUUCAUAGACGUAGGAGGAAAGGUGCAUGAGUUUGUAGCAGGAGAUAAUUCUCACCCUCAAAGCAAGAGGAUCUAUUUGAUGUUGGGUGAGAUGGGUGAGAGGCUAAGGUUAGCUGGUUAUGAACCCAACAAGGGUCAGGUCUUGCUUGAUAUGGAUGAGGAGGAGAAGGAGAUUGCUCUUGGCCAUCACAGUGAGAAGCUGGCAAUAGCAUUUGGGUUCAUUAACAGUGAACCAGGCACACCGAUAAGAAUCACGAAGAACCUUCGGGUGUGUGAAGAUUGCCAUUUCGCCACGAAGUUAUUGUCGAAAACCUAUGGUCGAGAAAUCAUCGUGAGGGAUCGGAGUCGAUUCCAUCAUUUCAAGGAUGGUUCAUGUUCUUGCAAGGACUUCUGGUGAAUCCUUUGAAUGGGGUUGCUGUUAAUGGAUCAAAGCUUUUUGAUCCCUGUUUAGUUUGUAUAUGAACUAUGAUUGUACUGAACUUAUGAAAUUGCUUGCCAAAGGGGAAAGAAAGUAUUUUUUGUUAAUGGUAAAAAAAAA